CUGUGAUUGUAGUGUAUACAUUUAAGGAAGAUAUACGUAUAGCAGAGGAGACAAUUAACAGAAGGUUGAGACAAAGCUAUGUUCGUGAAGCUUGUUAUGGCGUUGGCGGUUUUGUUGGCGACAACAAUGGUACAAGUGAGUGGCGCAGAUACGAGUUUCAUCUUUAAUCAUGGCUUCCAAUCUGCUAAUUUAACCAUGGAUGGCAUUUCUAUCAUCACUCCCAAUGGCCUUCUCCAACUCAACAACGAAACUGGGAGGCAAAUGGGUCAUGCUUUUUACUCCAAUCCAGUAGUUUUCACAAACACUUCUUCUUUCUCUACUACUUUUGUUUUCGCCAUUAGACCUCUAUAUUCAACUCUUGGUAGUCCUGGCAUGGCUUUUGUGAUCUCUCCAAAAUAUGCUUUUCCAGAUGCUCAGCCCUACCAGUACUUCGGCCUCUUCAACAAAACCAACCUUGGUGACCCCAAAAACCACGUGCUCGCUGUAGAAUUGGACGCCAUCCAGAACAUGGAUGUUGGGGAUAUCGAUGGUAACCAUGUCGGGAUCGAUAUUAACGGCUUGAAUUCCACAAAAGCUGCUUCUGCCGGAUAUCAUGUCAACAGGUUUCAAUAUCAGAAUUUGAGCCUCAGCAGUGGCUUGCCGAUGCAGGUGUGGGUGGACUAUGAUGGGGGCAAGAAGCAAAUUAGUGUCACCCUAGCUCCAAUCAAUGUUAACAAGCCCGAAAUACCAUUGUUAACAUUGUCCAAAGAUCUUUCUCAAAUUCUAACAAACCCCAGUUAUGUCGGAUUCUCAUCUUCUAAUGGGCUGCUCACAGCUGGUUCUAAUUAUGUUCUUGGCUGGAGUUUCCAGAUCAAUGGCGAAGCACAAACGCUUGAUGCCUCGAGGCUCCCAAAACUCCCACGACUUGAGGGGAAGAAACAAUCCAUGAUUUUGCCAAUUGGGUUACCCCUCCUUUCACUUUUUCUAAUUGUUCUUACUAGUUUAUCUAUAGCUUAUUACAUAUACAGGAAAAGGAAAUUUUCUGAGGUUGUGGAGGAGUGGGAGCAAGACUAUGGUCCUCAUAGGUUCAAAUACAAAGAUCUCUAUAUUGCCACAAAGGGAUUUAGAGAGAGAGAGCUUCUCGGCAGUGGUGGUUUUGGUAGAGUCUACAAAGGAACAGUUCCAGGUUCAAAUGUUGAGAUUGCCGUGAAGAAAGUAUCCCAUGAAUCUCGACAAGGGAUGAGAGAAUUCAUAGCAGAAAUCGUAAGCAUUGGUCGUCUACGCCAUCGAAACCUCGUAUCUCUUUUGGGAUAUUGUAGGCGAAAAGGUGAACUUCUUUUGGUUUAUGAUUUCAUGCCGAAUGGAAGCUUAGAUAAAUACCUCCAUAACCAACCCAGAGUGACACUAAACUGGAUGCAAAGAUUCAAAAUCAUCAAAGGCAUAGCUUCGGGACUGUGCUAUCUGCAUGAAGAGUGGGAGCAAGUUGUGGUUCACAGAGACAUAAAAGCAAGCAAUGUUUUGCUAGAUUCAGAGUUUAAUGGCAGGUUAGGAGAUUUUGGUCUGGCAAGGUUAUACGAUCAUGGGAGUGAUCCUGCAACUACACAUGUGGUCGGGACCUUGGGUUAUCUGGCACCGGAGAACACAAGAACAGGAAAAGCCACAACAAAGUCUGAUGUUUUUGCUUUUGGCGCUUUUUUGCUGGAGGUUGCAUGUGGAAAAAGGCCUAUAGAGCGAGGAAGAGAAGAAUUUAUCUUGGUGGACUGGGUUUAUGGGUUAUGGAAGAGGGGUGAAAUUAAUGAGGCAAGGGAUCCAAAUUUAGGAGCAGAGUACAAAGCAGAGGAGGUAGAAUUAGUGUUGAAAUUGGGGCUUAUGUGUUCCAAUUCGAAGGCUGAAUAUAGGCCAAGCAUGCGCCGAGUUGUGCAGUACUUGAAUAUGGAAGUGCCUUUGCCUGUUUUGCCAUUGCCAUUGUCGUCUCCUUCUGGCUUUGGAUUUACAUAUGGGAGUCAGCAAGACUUUGCUGACAUUCAAAUGUCCCUUGGGUCUUCAAGUAUGGAUGGCUAUUUCUCUCGCACUUCAAUUCCUGAAUCAAUCCUCUCUGAAGGUCGUUGAUUUCCUUUUGAAGACAACAUCUAUGGGACAUAGCAGUUAGGUACUCUUGGUCAGGUUGCGUAUAUAACAUGCUUAUGUUUCCUCUGUUCUAUGCUUUUUUAGUUGUGCUCUGCGUGCAUUUUAAAAUGAAAUGAGUUUGAGCUUUC